AUGCAAAGUCUCGUCGUGUUUGUCAAAGGCGUGCCACGACAAAUCACCGGAUCCGUCCAAGAUGCCACCACUAACGAUCUCAUCCAAGCGUUGGCUCAAGCUGACCAUCAUGUCGGAAAGUUCAUGUUGGUGGCGGUAAACCCCGCAAAUGUAAGCAUAUCACUUUUGAAUAUAUCAAACAUGAGUUUUCGUUUCAAAAUUUAAUAAGUUUACCGUUUUAGCAGGUCGAGUACUUUCUCCGAUCAGGUGAAGUACCUUCCGAAGUUAUUCGAAAUUCUAUUGCGCAACAAAUCGAGUUGCGGCUUGAGAUGAGAGAAGUCGAACCCGAACAUGGAAUGAGGAAUUUCUUGCCACGAAGUAGAUCUCUUUCUAACGCCAAAAGCAGCCCUCCAGGUAACGUUUAGCACGAUUUGUUUUAAAAUUAAUAAUCGGCCAAUAGUCAUUGUUCAUCAUUACAAAUUUAUCUAAAAUUGUGCUUGCUGCAAUAUAUUAUUCAUGACAGAAGUGAUUAAUCUUGCAGACUACAUUCCAAAUCGCUUGUCAACGCCAACCUUAAAUGCCAUUAAUGCAGAAGAACUGUCCUAUGCCAACUGUGAUUUAGACGCUUUAAACCUAACCAGAACCGAGGUUGAAAGUAUUAUUUUAUAUCAAAUGUAAGUCUUACAAAAAUAAGUUUAUUGUUUCGAAAUUACCGACGAAACAGUGAAAUUAUAUCUACAUAAAUUUACCCACUUCAGGAAACUCAUCGAAGAAUACAAAGAAAAAUUAGCGCAGCUAAGCGCCGAAAUGAAUGACAAAACUGACAACGAGUUCCUACAACUAGUUAGACAACAUGUAAGUGUCACACUACGGUCUUAUUAAUUUAAAUUUAGAAAAACCUCAAAAGAACUAUAGAACAACUAGAAACAGGCAAAUGGGAAGAGAAACGAAAGAAAGAAGCUGAAAACCUGGACGGGAUUCAGACUGCCAUCGAUGCGAUGACAACUGCCAUGAACAACAAGAAAGUGUAAGUACAAAACAUAUCACAUUCCAAAUUUACAUCUGUAAUUUAAAAUGAAAAAUUUCCAAAAUAUGUUGAACAGUAGCUUAUAUACAUUGUCAAUUUCAGAGAACUGAAUGAAGUCCUUUUCGCGCAAACACAACUGACAUACCAGAUGAAACACUUUCAGCACAAACAAUUUUUCUAA